AUGUCACUCCCAAGCUCUAAGCCAAAGCUGCCUGUCGCAGUCGAGAAGCCUACACCCUACACCUUCGACCUUGGCCAUCUCCUCGCUGAGGACCCCAACCCCGUGGCCCUCGACCGCAACAACCUCGAGCAAUCUCUCGCCGAGCUCGCCCGCGAUGGCGCUCAGUCGCUCAUCAACCAAUUCCUCUCCACCUGCCCUCUCAGCUCCACCGCCGAGGGCGUUCUGCUCAGCCUUCCCGCCCCGAGCACCCGCCUCCCCCGCGAGAAGCCCGUUCCUCAGGCCAAGCCUCCUACCAAGUGGGAGCGCUUCGCCGCCAAGAAGGGUAUCAAGCCAAAGUCUCGCGAUUCUCGCCGCAACCUUGCCUUCGACGAGCAGUCGGGCGAGUGGCAGCGCAAGUGGGGUUACAAGGCUCUGAACAAGAAGGGCGAGGACUAUCCCAUCGUCGAGGUCGACAUAGAGGCCGAGAAGACAAGAAAGGAGGGUACCUCCAUCCGGGGCGAUGGCCGACGAGAGCGCAAGGAGAGAGUCAAGCGCAACGAGCGUUUGAUGCGCAAGAACAAAGGUGUCCCGAAGGCAUAA